CCAAGCAGGACUAGAAGCUGGCCAUGGGGAUGGAUGUGGCUGUCCCUGCUGGUUCCCAUCUCUCAGUGGGGCUGGGGACAAUGACCGUCUCCAGGAUGCAGUGGAAUUCCGAGCCCACAGCUCAGCCCCACAGCUGCCAAGGCACCGUGGGGUCUCAGUGCUUGAGCAUGUCCAGUUUUAAUGUCCUGGAUUGUCCAGGUGACAGGGAUGGGUGCUUCCUACUCUGCCCUCCCUGGGAAAAACUGAAGCACCACAAGAUCAUCUUUGUGGUGGGUGGCCCCGGCUCGGGAAAGGGGACGCAAUGCGAGAAGAUUGUGCACAAGUAUGGGUACACUCACCUCUCCACUGGGGAUCUGCUCCGGGCAGAGGUCAGCUCGGGCUCGGAGCGGGGCAAGAAGCUGCAAGCCAUCAUGGAGAAGGGCGAGCUGGUGCCCCUGGACACGGUGCUGGACAUGCUGCGGGACGCCAUGCUGGCUAAGGCAGACACCUCCAAGGGUUUCCUCAUUGAUGGCUACCCCCGCGAGGUGAAGCAGGGAGAGGAGUUCGAAAAGAAGAUUGGCCCCCCCACACUGCUGCUCUACGUGGAUGCGGGGAAGGAGACGAUGGUGAAGCGGCUGCUGAAGCGGGGAGAGACCAGCGGGAGGGUGGACGACAACGAGGAGACCAUCAAGAAGCGCCUGGAGACCUACUACAAAGCCACCGAGCCCGUCAUCACCUUCUACAAGGGCCGGGGCAUCGUCCGCCAGCUGAAUGCCGAGGGCACCGUGGAUGAGGUUUUCCAGCAGGUCUGCUCCUACCUCGACAAGCUGUGACGGCCCCGCGCCCCCCACCCUGCGCUCCCCCCGCACGCGCGGGGCAGAGACAGCGGAAGUGGCCUUAUCCUGUUUUCGUGGACAGAGCCGCGCGAAGGAAAUUUCAAGGACAUUGUGUUUGGCUCUUUCCCGUCUCUCCCCAGUAAAGUUCACUUUAAUGAG